UAUUAAAACGUAUGUAUGCUGGAAGCAAACUGACGACCUUAAACACACAUUUAAAGGUAGAUCAGCUGGCAACUUCCAAACAUCUGAACAAACAGUAGGAUACACACGAGUCGACUUAACAUUAAAGACAGAAUGCGAAAAUUACACGCAUGUAGAAGAAUAUGAACUUAUACACACAUGUGAAAGGCGACAUCACAAACUGUUUCUAAGUAUUAAACCGUAUGUAUGCUGGAAGCAAACUGACGACCUUAAACACACAUGUAAAGGUAGAUCAGCUGGCAACUUCCAAACAUCCGAAUAA